CGGUGCUAAAUCAGGUCCGGUCCGAACAUCUGCUUGAGGCUCCAUGGAGCCGCUGAAGAACAUAUUCAACCGUAGCUCGCUGUCCAGCUGGAAAAAUUUGGAGCAGUCGCAAAAAGGGAACUUCAUCAACCCCGUGUGGACAGCCCUGUUCGACUAUGAGGCCUCCUGUAAAGAUGAGCUCACUCUACGUAAAGGUGACCAGGUGGAGGUUCUCUCUCAGGACUCUGAGAUAUCAGGGGACGAGGGCUGGUGGGCCGGUAAGGUCAACAACAAGGUGGGCAUCUUCCCAGCCAACUAUGGCUCCUUCAAGCCAAGCGGGUAUGCCAAACUUCCAGGGAGCAGUGUGGUCAGCGAGCUAGACCAUGAUGUGGUCGGCGAUUUUGAACCGGAGGAGGUGGAUUUCCGGGAGCUGAGCUUGGAGGAGGUGAUCGGCGUCGGGGGCUUCGGAAAAGUGUAUCGUGGUACAUGGAGACACGAGCUGGUGGCCGUGAAGGCGGCUCGGCAAGACCCCGAUGAGGACAUCAGUGUGACGGCGCAGAACGUGCGGCAGGAGGCCCGUUUGUUUGCCAUGCUCACCCACCCCAACAUCAUCGCCUUGAAGGGCGUGUGUCUGCAGGAGCCCAACCUGUGCCUCAUUAUGGAGUAUGCCUCAGGCGGGCCGCUGAGCCGGGCGCUAGCAGGCCGCCGCAUCCCGCCUCAUGUCCUGGUCAACUGGGCUGUGCAGAUAGCCCGAGGGAUGUUGUACCUGCACAGCGAGGCCAUCGUACCCGUCAUUCAUCGGGAUCUCAAGUCCAACAACAUCCUUCUGGCUCAGCCCAUAGAGAACGAGUGCAUGGAGGGUCUGACUCUGAAGAUCACCGAUUUUGGCCUGGCGAGGGAGUGGCACAAAACCACCAAGAUGAGCACAGCCGGCACGUACGCCUGGAUGGCCCCAGAGGUCAUCAAGUCCUCGACCUUCUCCAAGGGCAGCGACGUCUGGAGUUAUGGUGUUCUGCUGUGGGAGCUGCUGACAGGAGAGGUGCCCUACAGGGGGAUCGACGGUCUCGCUGUCGCCUACGGUGUCGCCGUCAACAAGCUCACCCUGCCCAUCCCGUCCACGUGUCCUGAGCCGUUUGCUCAGCUCAUGUCAGAGUGCUGGGACCAGGACCCUCAUCGAAGACCCAACUUUGACUCCAUCCUGGCCCAGCUGACUGCCCUGGAGCAGCAAGUGAAGGAAGAGAUGCCCCAGGAGUCCUUCCACUCCCUGCAGGAGGACUGGAAGCUGGAGAUUCAGGACAUGUUCGAUGAACUGCGGGCCAAAGAGAAAGAGCUGCGGUGCCGCGAGGAAGAGCUGAAGCGGGCGGCGCUGGAGCAGAAGUCCCACGAAGAGUUCCUGCGGCAGCGCGAGCAGCAGCUGGCCCAGUGGGAGCAGGACGUGUUCGAGCGCGAGCUCAGCCUCCUCAUCCUGCACCUGAACCAGAACCAGGAGAAGCCCAACGUCAAGAAGAGGAAGGGCACGUUCAAGAAGCACAAGCUCAAGGGCAAGAACGGCGAGAAGAUCAGCAUGCCCCAAGAUUUCAUCCAUAAGAUUACGGUUCAGGCGUCUCCCGGUCUGGAAAAGAGGAGGAACUCUCCUGAUUUGGGUUCGGGUUCCUCGCCUUCAAUCGGCCCUCGGUUUCGUGCAAUCCAACUCCCUGCAGUCGGUCCCAGUGUGAGCAGCAGUUCGUUUGGUCUCAGCCCAGUUCGGCCCCUAGAGCCCCCCUCUCUCAAGCAAUAUAAUGGUGACCUAAGGUUGAGUCCCCACUGGAGGCCUCAGAGCCCAAAGAGUCCCAUAAGCCCUAAAGUCCUGCGGCUCAGUCCCCAGGAAAGCAGUCUGUCGAUGAGGGCCAAGCUCCUGGAGUCUGACAGCAAUGAAAAUGGAGAGUCCAGGGAUGACUUUGAGGCGUACCGACCCUCCACUCCAACCCCAUCAGCUCAGAACGGCUCGUCGAUAAAGGACAGUUUACGGUUUCCCUCCUCUCAGGGAGACUCAGGCAGUGAAGAAGGGGGGUACUCCCCAGCAGGCUCCCCCAUGCCUGAGAGGGGUUCCUUUGGCAGCAUGAUUAAGAAUACACACCGAGCUCUGCUGGGCACUGGCUCCAUCUUGGCUUCCAUAGGACUAGGUCGAGGUCUGGAGAUUCCCCCCAGGGUGCCCCCUCGAACUAACCUUCCCUCUUUAGAGGACCGCACCUCCUUCGAACUUGAGAUCUCCCACCCUAAGCCCCUAAUAUCAGACCCCCCAACUGUGGAUGACCUCAUAACCUUCUCCACCACUGUGCCGCUCCCUAGACCACUUUUGGAAUUAGCCCUGCAAUACCAGGAGCUGAAACCCCUGCCCCUGACCCCGCCUCCACCCAACCCCCGAGAGAGGUCCGGACACCGGGUGCAGCAUGCGCACCACAGUCCGCCGAGCCCCGGGACACCGCAGCAGCACGACGGAGCCAGCCUGGGGGAUUGGACCACCAGUUCUAGUUCCAGCAAUGGGGAGAUGAGCGUUGAAGUUUUGGAACACAGAGCAGAAAGGAGGAGGAGGUCCAGCCAAGGCCUACACGCUUCUCAGCUAGUUUUAGACCUGCCCUUGUGCCAAGACACGCAGGACUCGGAGGACAAGGCUUUGGUGCCCUACUACCUCCACCCCAAUCCUGCCCUGUGGAGCCCCAAAACCCGCCGCCUCGAGGUCAGCGUCAUUCCCCGACCACGCCCUUCUCCCAUCCGCCCUCGCAUCGACCCCUGGAGCUUUAUCUCAGCGGGCGGCGUGAACUCAGCCGGAGGCCGCAGCCCAGUUCGUUCGGAAAGCAACCCUCUGGGCUACCAGCCCUCACCCACCAACCCCUUCACCAGCUGCGACCCUUUCCCCUCUCCAGACUGCGACCCCUUCGCCCUCAAAGCCAACCCCUCAAGCAACUCGGACGCAGCUUCUCCCUUCGACCCUUUCUUGGCUCCGUUUCCCACCUCCCGCUCGGCACCGUGCUCUGCCAACGGCUCCCCCACGCUGCCCUCGUUCCGCAUAGCUCCCAUGAACUCAGCCGACUCGCCCCUCAUUGACCUGGGCUGGGCGGCCUGCAGCAAACCCCUGGAUGCAACCAAAGAGAGGGUCCACCCCCGCAGGACUCUGGGGCUCAAACCCUUCAAGUCCCCAACCCAACUCAGAGACGAUAGGUUCUAAAUGUAACCUCUUCCGUGGAUGUUGGGAACUGCAGAGUUGAUCAGGACAUUACAGUUCAGGAUUCUUCACUACUGUCUUAUUUCAUGAGGAAGAUUUAGAAUCUUAUGGAAACAAGAAAAACAAGCCUACUGAGGGGGUUGCCCCCAUGGGAGCCUGAAUCAUCGCAGGUCUUAUUUAUACACCUGCCUGCUGCUUUGGGAAGCAGAAAGCCAGUGAAAGGUGGGACCGUGAAAUGUUGGAUUGCUGCCUGUGAACCAAUAGCUGGUGCCCAUUUCAUUCUUCCCGUUUGCCUCUGCUACUGUUUCCCUUUGAAGGAGGGGGAUCAGCAGACCUUCUUUCAGAUUCAAUCAGACUGCUCAUAUCCCUCGCUUUCAUCUCCCCGUACCUUUGAAGCGGUGUGACAAUGCAGAGGUGGAUCAGGCGACUCUCACAGCCCCGUCUGCCUCUACAGACUAAAAGCAUUCGGGGCAAUGGAAACAAUCAGAGUGCCUUAUUUCGUGAAGUGUUUUUAAUAUAUCUUUUCAAGGUUCCUUAAUCUGGUGCACAGGUAAGAUGCUACGAAUCUGGCCCAAAUUUCCACAUCGUCUUAUUGCUGUGUAAGAAAAAGUCUUCUGUAUGUGUCUGUGUUCAAAGAAAGCUUUUUUUUUUUUAACUGUACCUUUUUGGGAGAAUCCACUGAGAGUGGAUAUUUUAGGCCCCUCAUGAAAUUCAAGACAGGCAUUCCUAGGAGGAGCACAUACCAUUCCAGUCACAUUCUUUUGGAAAUGCCAAGGAUUGAACAGAUUUAUUCGGCUGGCAGGUGAUGCUGCGCAGGAAACAAGCCGGGGAGCCCUCCGCUUUCUCUUUUUAAGCCAAAGAAUGCCACUGUGCAAGAGCUAGGACAAAAUAGCGUUUGCAUAAAGCAGUUUCUGCCUCCGUGUAGCGCCGCAGUGGGACAUGAGGGAUUCUCAUGCAGUGUUGAAAUAAAUCUACUUUCCCACAGAAAUAACCUCACAUAUUCCAUAUCAUUACCUGUUUAAGGAGGUUUCAGAAAAAUCCUCCACAUUUAUUCCAGACUUGCUGAUUUUUUCUGAACUAAUUCAUCAAAUUUUGUAUUGAAAUUAAUCGACGUCAGUCAGAGUCCAAAUACAUCUAUAGUGUGUCAUUUUCAAGACAUUUGGGGGGAACACAUUUAUCUAGGAGUGAGAUAAGAGAGGUUAAUUAAAAUGUAUUGAUUUGUUUGUGUGACUAAGAAUAAACCCAGCUGCUGGUUUGUUCUUCUUUGGACAGAAAAACUGAAACUGGAAGCUCCUGUUCAAAUGAGAAAACAGUCUGUGCAUCAGUGUCUCGAAGGAGUUUAGAAGCUGUGUAAAAUAUUUAUUAGUUUAGAGCCGUUGUUGGUCAUUGUGCUCAGAUUGGAGAUGGGCUGAUGGUCUUAGACAUCAAACAGAGGCUUUUUACCAUCUGAAACAGAAAAGAUCAACUUAUCUUCAAACCCAUGUCAGUAUUUCCCCUACAAGUAUACAAGCAGGGCGCCCCACCCUGUCAACAGAACUGAGCACCCUGCCUACCAAACCGACACCCCCCCACUCCCCCGUUGACAACUGGCGACACCGAUGUAGCGAUAAGCUUGCAGCGAGCAAAACAGACGUGCUAGCUACAAUGCUAGAAGCACCGAUGCCCUCAUGCUAAGCUAAAAAAAAAAAAAAACACCCACCCCGAAAAACUUUCAGUACAAACAGCUCACAACUCAGACGUGUCUUGUGCACCCCCUCACCCCCCCGACAAAAGUCACAGAAGAGAUGAGCGCCCUGCCAAAGCAAGUAAUGUAGGGGAAACGCUGCAUGACUUGUACACCACGUCUCUUGAGCCAGUAGUCCCUUGAAAACCCCCUUCAAGAGAUGCCUUGUUAAAGAGGUGAUCGGAGGUGGACGGGGUUGAACUCAACUUGUCGCUAACACGCCGCUAAGCCUUCAAGUUAGGUAGGAAUAAAAACCAUAUGUAACAGGACGCCCACUUCACUGUAUAUAGAAAGAGACAGGACUUCCUUAGCUUGUGUUAAGAUUCUCUCAAAAUAUUUGUAGCUUAUUGUUCUUUUUCUUUACUAUCACUUUAGUUAUGAACUAUUUCAGUGCAUAAUACUAGUUUAAUGGUAACAGUGUCAAGGUAAAGCAAAACAAUGUAAAAUGGUAAAAACUGCUUUAUUGUUGCGGUUUCUUGGGCACAAAAUGCAAAAAUAUUAAUAAUUCUUAGAAGUGCAAUACUUUGAAUCCACCAAAAAAA